GGUUCUGAUCAUUUGUUCUUUCUGUGUUUUGACAGAGAAGACGUGUGGAUAUGCUGGUGAUCUACUCCAUGGAUACCUCCACUAUGAGGGCCAGUCAUACCUCGGGGAGAGAGUUUAUGCUACGUGCCAAGAGGGAUACACUCUGAAAGGACCGAACUACCUGAUUUGCGAGGCGUCUGGAUGGACGGGGGAAUUCCCAACUUGUGAAGAGGGAGAAACCACCUGCUCCACCCCAGCAGUCGCCAACUCCGUGCAGAGAGCUGAAGGUGUUUCUGAGUUCCGGGUGGGAGAAGCCGUGACCUUCACCUGUCAGCAGGGUUUCCGUCUGGAUGGAGCUCAGGAGGUCAAGUGCGGCUCCAAUGGCCAGUGGCAGCCUGAACCUCCUCGAUGUCUGCCUUCUCCUGAUAAAACUCAGUCAUCUGGUAACGAAACAGGUGGAUGUGGCGUGCCGCUAAAUACCAAGGACUCCGAUGCCAACCUUGCUGACAAGUACAUCACAAUGACAUCUUUUCCCUCUGGUGCCAAAGUCUACUAUGUGUGCAAUGUUGGAUACACUCCAGUAGGAGGCAGCAGGAUUCGCAUAUGUAAAAAUGGAAACUGGACACCACUGAGGCUAAAAUGUGAACUGAAGUCGUGCGGUUCUGCAGGAGAGAUUCUCAAUGGACGCUUUGUUUAUUCUGGAGUAGAGUUUGGAGACACUGCUACAGGCGUCUGUGAUGACGGGUAUACUGUUGUAGGACAGGCAACCAGAAACUGCAUGAGUAACGGCUGGGAUGGACGUAUUCCUGUUUGUGAAGCUGUGGUAUGUGACGAGCCUCCAGAGGUGACGGGUGCAGAGAGAAGAGGCCCUCAGGAGCCACCGUACAGUUACAAGACUGUGAUUAGCUACCGGUGUCGUACGGGAACGCUUGUCGGUCAAAAGGACAUUUGGUGCACCAAGAAUGGGACGUGGAGUGCACCUCCGAAAUGCAACGAAAUAACAUGUCCAUCACCAAAUGUGGCCAACGCCUUCUGGAUGGGAGCUCAAAACCGGUCCUUCCGGUACAAGGAGACCAUAUCGAUCGAGUGUAAGCGUGGCUACAUCAUGAAUGGGCCGAACUCUAUUACCUGUAAUAAUGACGGCCGAUGGAUCCCUCGUCUACCAGAGUGUCGACGCAAACUACGUCAGAGCUUCAGGAGGGGAUAACAACACAAGCUGAAACAUGGCAGCACUGUACUCAAUCAAUCCUCGUAAACCAUUCAACAGCAACAAGUGGAGGAGGAAAAUAAUCUCUUAAGCUAAACCAACAAUGCAUUCCCUCCAAAAUUAAUUUUGUUUAAAGCCAACCUUUAAUAAUGCACUGUGACAUAUUUGCCGCUAAAACCUGUAUAUCAUCAUUAUAUCAUAAUACAGACAUUAAAAUAUGUUUGAGAUGAA